AUGGUGGCUAAUAAUAUGAGCGUCACACAAACUGAAGCUCUAGUAGACUUCUUAGAAGAGCAUAAGGAGCUAGCCCUUGGACGCUGCUCAAGAACCAAGGAAGGGCGCAGUCUGUCGAAAAGGCUUUGGCAAGAGUGCGCUGAAGUUCUCAACAGCGUAUCUUCAGACUGCGUCCAAAAGACAGGAGAGCAAUGGCGCAUGUUCUACAAUGAGUAUAAACAUCGCCUUUUAAAAAAAAUAAAAAAAGAUAAAAGUGAAACAGGAGGAGGAUCAAUACCUAAAAUAAACUUAACGCCCCUUCAAGAGAGGCUUUACACCAUUUUGGGGCGUGAUGUAGGCGAACCUCUACCAGGAGUUAGGCAUAACCCAUUUAUUCCAAUUCAAAAUGAAGGUAGUAGUGCUACUGCUUCAUAUCAUGAUGGCGUGAAUGUUGUGACCUAUGAAGUUUUACAGAAUUUGGAAGACAGUCCUGGAUUUGUACCAAUGGAGGUUGAAGAUCCACUAGUAAGCUCCCUGAGAGAGUGUGAACCUGCAGCCCAAAGCUUAGCCUCAAGAGAGCCUAGUUUGCAGCUUACUGAAGGCCAGCAGACUGAGCCUGCGGCCUCUCAGACUGAGCCUGCAGCCUCUCAGAAUGUGCAGCACCCCAACAGUCUGCUCCACGGCGACGUCGUCGUCGGCGUCAACAAAUUACUGGCAAAAAUUGAUGACCAGGACGCGGCUUUGAGGAGUGCUACAGAAACCCUGGCAUCGAUAGAAAAUGUUAGUGCACAAGCCACAAACAGGCUAGCCGCUGCUAUAGAGGCCUUAGCGGCAAGGCUUAAUGAGCCCAUACGUAUAGUUUUGGAAGAUUCGCGUACAUCGCAAAUGGUACACCAUAGAGGGAAAAGAACCCGCAUAAUCUAUUCCGAUAGUGAAUAAAUUUUUAUUCACUAUCG